UGCACUGAGAACAGCUGGUGGUACGAAGAGAUUUAGCAGAUUAUGUGAUCUCUCAGAAGCUUACAGUAGAUCUUGCGUCUCACAAAUUCUUCGAAGUGAUCUUACAUCCUUAAAUUUGUUGGAUUUAACCAUUUAUUUGGAAAGCUGAUUGGACAGUUUAUGAUCAACUCAUAAGGUUCGUUUCUUGUCUAUUUUGAAGAGAAGCUGGACUCAUAUUAAGAAAUUUUAAAUAGAUGGUCGCUUACAUGAGUUUUGAAGAAAAUCAUGGUAUGUCUCAAUAAAUUGUUCCAGAAGACGGCAGUUUUUUAGUUUUGAUUGGUUCCCGAGAUGCUGCUUAUGACAAAAAAGAGAAGAACAAGAAGAAGAAGAGGAAAACGCUGGGGUAGCAAGAAAGCAUGGUAUUGGCCCUCCAUGGAGUAGAACAGACCCUGGUUUCUCUGCUACAGAGUUGGUGCACCAACCUUUACGUUCUCAAGCCCAUCCAUGCCCGUGUCUUCAGACACCAACUCCACCACCCCACCACCCUUAUUGCCUCCAAGCUGCUAACUUUCUGUGCCAUCUCCCCACGAGGUGACAUCCACUAUGCAAGGCUCAUAUUCAGACUUCUCGAGGACCCAAACAUCUUCUUCUACAACAUCAUGAUCAGGGGUUAUGCUGUGAGCAAACAUCCUGCAGAAGCAAUGUCAAUUUUUAAACUAAUGAAGCAGAAAUCUGUCAGCCCGGAUGGCUUCACCUUCCCCUUCCUUCUCAAGGCUUGCUCCAGGAUGUCCUCGACCGUCUCAGAAGGAGAAUCUAUUCAUGUGCAAGUAAUCAAGUGCGGGUUUCAAUCCUACCUGUACGUUCAGAAUGGUUUACUUCACUCGUAUGCUGGAAAGGGUGUAAUUUCUUCCGUACACAAGUUGUUUGAUGAAAUGCGUGAUCCGGAUGUGGUUUCUUGGUCCGCCUUAGUUCUUGGGUAUGUGAAAGUAAAUGACAUAGAAUCAGCGCGCCAGAUCUUUGACAAGAUGCCUCAUAGGGAUGUGGUUUCUUGGACGGCUAUGAUCAACGGCUAUGCAAGGUUAAGAUUUGCUAAAGAGGCACUUGAGUUGUUUUAUCAGAUGCAAUCCACUGGCAUCAAGCCGGAUGAGGUUACUAUGAUCAGCGUUAUCUCAUCAUGUUCUUGUAAAGGAGACCUUGAACUCGGGCUGGGCCUCCAUAAAUACAUUGAAGAUAAUGGAUUUGGAUGGAUGAUCUCCCUUUGCAAUGCUCUGAUUGAUAUGUAUGCUAAAUGUGGCUGCAUUGAACGGGCACAACUGGUUUUUGAGAGAAUGCCCCACCGCAGUUUGAUAACAUGGAAUUCAAUGAUAUCGGCCCUUGCAGUGCAUGGAAGAAGUCGAGAUGCUCUUGCCCUUUUUGAGAAGAUGAAGGGAGUCGGAGUGAGGCCAGAUGGAGUCACGUUCCUAGCAGUUCUAUGUGCGUGCACACAUAAUGGGUCAGUAGAUAAGGGGCAACAAUAUUUUGAGAGCAUGAAGAAGGAUUAUUGCAUUGAUGCUGGUAUUGAGCAUUAUGGGUGUAUGGUUGAUCUUCUUGGCCGUGCAGGCCUCUUGGAUGAAGCAUAUAGACUUGUGGUGGGCAUGCCAAUUCCCUGCAAUGACAAAGUGUGGGGAGCAUUAUUGGGUGCUUGCAAGAUCCAUGGCAAUGCCCAGAUGGCAGAAGACGUCUUGAGACGAUUGAUUUUAUUGAAACCAGAUGAAGGAGGAUAUUAUGUGUUAUUGGCUAACUUAUACAUUGAAAUGGAGCGGAGGGCAGAUGCAAUGAAGGUAAGGCAAGAAAUGAAAGCCCGAGGGGCCAAGAAAAAUGCAGGUUUUAGUAGCUGGAUUGGGUAGCAAGAGCGAGGAAUAACUUUGCUUCUGAUCACAAGAUGGUGGGUCCACUAAGCAUAUUCCGACCUUUAUUAUAUAUGUUGCUGAGAUGUUUGAUUUUUCCAAAUCUCCCCAGACAUGCAAGUGAGACACUGUCCUCGUUCCAAGAUAAACUUCUAUGAAAUGCUUAUUGUGGUACUGAGCACCCGAAGAGCAUUAGACCAGUUUCUCAAGAAGAUGCAGAUGUGAAAGAAAACAGAAAUGAGCAAGCUUGAUUCCUUCACCUUCUGCUUCCCUUACAAUGUGUGCCUAAUCUGCUCUAACUGGCAAGAUCUGCAGGCAUGCACCAGAUGGAUUAUGAAUGUUGGUGGUUGGUAGACAUGGUUGAUAAAAAGUUAUAGAAUUUCCUGAAAUAUGCAUGCAGGAAAAUGACAGUGCCAUAUGGACCAAUCAGCAUUCGUCGUGGCAUGUGAACUCUGGUCAUUCAAAACAAUUAGUAUCUACAAUGAGUCAAUGGUUAUGAGGUUGUCCAGAACAUUCACGUGAGGUUUGUUUUUAAAAAAUAGUCUCAAUAUUUGUUUCUGCUUUCUUUGACGUCGCAUCUUGACUCUUUUCUGCACGUUUGCCAAACACUAAGGGAAUACCUAUUUGGUGAUAUGAGAGCUGGCACUUACAUGAACCCUUUCUCCCUACUUGGGCAAUUUGGUCAGUCUUGUUGUGCUCUUCAACUGUUUGAUGUUAUGGUUGAAGAAGGAUGCCAACCUACUACAGAAACUCCAUACCACAUUAUUUCUUGACAGUAAAUUUUAUUAUUGCAUUUGAGCUUGCAAAAACUGUUGAGAUAAACAAGGAGGAAGCUGAGCUGACCAAAGAUCGUGCCACACAUUUGAAUAUGGAUAAGGCCAAAUCAGAUAGAUGCAAUCAGUUGAAGAUUGACAAAAAGUGAGAGGGAUCUAGAUGCGUUGAAAAAAAAGGAUGAGGAUGAGCAUAGCUGUAGAAAUGAUAACAACAACUGUGAGUCUGUUGUACGAGAUAUAUCUUGUAAAUCAUGUGAAAGAAAAAUGCAUCUACCUUGCCUCUCCCUUGUUGAUUGAAGAUAGAUAGGGGAAAAGGGAGAGAGAGAGGUCCUAUAGUGGACGUAGAUCAUACAUUGGGACCGAAUCAGUCUAAAUCUUGUGUUGUCUUCCAUGCUUAUUCUUUUGUUUUUCCUUGCUAUCAUUUUGUUAUUGUCAUAACAUAAGAUUCAAAGGCGACUUACUCUUCAGCAUUUGUUUGGUUUUCUGCUGCUCCCAUUGUGCAAUGGAAUGCUUUUGCCUCUUUGGUGUCCAUCAAGUUAGAUUGUAACAACUUCCUUCUCUGGCGUUCACAAAUUCAGUCUGUGAUGAUCAGCCAAGACCUUAUGAAGUUUGUCGAUGUGUCUCAUCCUGUAAGGAAGCCAUGAGCAUGAAUUCAAAUCCAUCCUGGGUUGCUGAUACUGGAGCCUCACACCAGGUAUUGGGUUCCACCACAGUCCACAGGCACGACUGAGAAACAGGAAAGCAGUUCUUCACAAGGCCUUGUGAUCUGCAAUGGGUCGACUUUUCCGAUAGCAAGUAGGGGUACUGUCAGUUCUCAAGAGAUCAAUGGAAGCUGGUGCAUCUAGGACAGGUACUUUCCUUGUCGCCCAGUUGGCCCACUCUUUCGGGAUGCUAUUCCCAGGUGCCUUCUUCAUGUGCAUUUUGACACCAAAUCCUUAAAUUUGUUCUGUGUGUAACAACAUUUUCCAACAAUAGCUGGGCUUACACGUAGACUCGCCCACUAGCCUACAUCCACGGUCUCUGCAAGCACUCUCUUAAUCGUUAGAGGCUGCAGGUUCCGCUAUAUAUGUAAUGAGAGUUUACAAACGGAUGGAUACUCUUGCCGACAAUGGAUCACAUUUUUUGGGCUUGAUUUGGCAAGAGUCUCUUUAUCAUGCACAACACCAUAUUUAUCUUCUA